AUGUUCUCUUCAGGAUUCCUUCUCCCAGCUUUACUUUGGCUCGCACAAGAAGCUAGCAGCCACCCGGCAUGCAAGCCCGGAAUGAACAGCAGUGCUAUGAUGGGCAAGGCGAUCUAUGUUCUCACCAAUGAAGAGGCGAACGGUGUUCUCGCUAUCCCAAUUGGCCGGGACGGUACACUGUCUAAGGGCAAAGUUACCAUGACCGGAGGUGCAGGAUCUGUAGCUGUUGAUGCUGAUGGCAAGCCUGCUACACCCGAUGCCUUGAUCAGCCAGUCUGCUUUGACAAUCGCAGGCAACAACAUCUUCGCUGUCAACGCUGGCUCCAACACUCUCAGCAUGCUUAGAGUCUCACGAUCCGACCCCACGAAACUACAGAUGGUUGGCAAACCAAUCCAAGUCCCCGGCGAGUUCCCAAACACUGUCGCUGCUUCCGCCAAGAAUGGGGUUGUGUGUGUUGGUUCAACUGGCGCCAAGGCCGGUGUUUCUUGCAGCAGCUUCUCGCGACAAGGACUCGGUGCCAUGGACGAACUACGAGCGAUCGAUCUCGGCCAAACAACACCUCCUGCCGGGCCCACAAACACACUUUCACAAGUACUCUUCUCAGAAGAUGAGUCUAUGCUGUUCACGAUGGUCAAGGGCGACCCCGCUGUGAACAACACUGGCUUUAUCUCCGUCGCGAAUGUCGAGAUGAACAACGGAGUCGCGGCUGUGAGCAAGAAGGAUGCUCGGAGUUCACCUGAAGGAACAGCUGUUCUCUUCGGCUCACAGGUCAUCCCCGGAACAUCAAAGGUUUUCGCCACAGACGCCUCCUUCGGCGCAGCCAUUCUCGAUGUCGAUCCCAACAGCUGCGAAGCCACCACCGCCGCCAAAGGCGCAGUUGAAGGCCAAACCGCCACUUGCUGGGUCGCCAUCUCCCCCGCUACCAAGUCCGCUUUUGUCACAGAUGUCGGUCGCAACCGAGUCGUCGAGAUGAGCCUUGAGGAUGCGAGCGUGGUAUCCGAGCUUGACUUGACUUGCAACGGCGACCCUGGUCUGAUCGACCUGGCUGCUUCUGGCAACUUUCUCUAUGCUCUUUCACCUGGUAAUGGUACUACUCAGGCUGCUGUCACAGUUCUCGAUGUCUCCGGUGGAUCUGGAUCGGCGAAGAUGGUGCAGCAUUUUGAAUUGGCUGGUAUGGCUAGCAACACUGCUAUGGGAAUGAAGGUCAUGUCGAUUAUGAAUCUUCGCCCUGACUUCAACUUAUGCGCAAUUUGCGGCAUCUCGCUUGACCGCCCGGAGGGCUGGAAUACUGAUGUCAUCGCAUUGUCUGGCCCGCACUGGCCUCAUCGAUCUGUGUCAUCUCCUUCUUUAAUGGUUCACAGUCAUGAAGUUUCUCGCCAUGCUACGAAACCUGGCGGUUAUCAUGGUGCCCUUAUUUUACUGCCCCAGGAAAGGGAGAUAUAUACUCAUACCCCCUACUAUCUGAACAAGGAGUCUCGCCACUCUUCAGAAUGGGAGGGAAUGAUGUACCUUGGUCUGCAUACAGCUUGCGAAGAUCUUGCCGAUCGGGCUAUAAAAAACUCUUAUAAGGCCAGAUUAAGGUCUGUUGGGGACCUAUGGCUGACCCUCGAGCGCCGUGGUACUAGACAGAAAGGCAUGGAAAUUUUCGGUAUCUUCACCCCUGGAAUACCUGAAAACCUACCGGGCCAACCGUUUUCAAUUGGCCUUGGACGAUAUUUUGUUCCGUCUCACAUCAUUAAAAUUCAACUCUCUGGAGACUAUGAGGAUGGCUGGUGGAAUGAGAACCCGAUCAAGAUUCCGAACCUAACCAGGCUUCUGAUCGCAAACCUGAAGAUCGAGAAAGACGUUUCUGGCGAAUUGCCGAAAAGCCUCAGUGGCUUUAAGAAACGCUUUGAGCGUCUCCCGCAAGAAUUAAAGAACAUUGUUUGCUCGUUCCUCCAUCAAUAUCAGCUCCCGCUGGAGUGUACUUAUAUCAUGCCCCAGUCUACGUGGAAGCAGAUGUUAUUUCAGAUCCCCUUCCUUUGGGAUCUUGAUAUCAAAGAGAUUCACGAUAAGACUAGUGUAGGAGACUUUGGCGUCCAAAACGGGGAUUGGGAGAAGAUUACAAGACAGGUCGUGGCUCCACCAGAAGUCACACCGCAAUACUUAAUUGGCGCCUGGAGUUAUGAAAAGGUUGGCCUCAGUGUCCCCGGUGGCUUCACCAAUCGACGUCGAGUCUGGCAGAUACUUGAGGAAAUGUAUCCCAACGAUGUACAUCACUAG